UCCUGUCUCCUGGGUCAUCCUGUAGCUUGCAGCAGCUGUCUCUUUGUGUGAUACACACAGGGCAGUCUCAUUCUGUGCUGCUACGGCUGUCACACACUGCACAGGUUUCCUUCUUGUCCUGGCUGUCACGUUGCACACACAUUGCUGUCUCUUUGCACAAACAGAGCUGUCUCUUGUUGUCCCAGGUGCUGUCUGUCUGCUGCUGUCAGGAUGCAGGAGGGGUCCAAGGCCCUGGCAGUCUAAUGCCCUCUACUGAGCCCAGAAUGAACAGCAAGGCACUUCCUCAAUGGCUUCUUCACACCCCUUGGAACUGAGGGAUCUCAGGAGAGGGUGUGAUGAACAAAGGCAAGCUGGGUUCUCAAGCACCAUACGAGGAUUCGAAAACCCUUCCUAUGAAGAGAUUGAGGAGACCCUUUUUGGACAGGACUCAGAGGACAUACAGGAGUCCGGCCCAGGGCCCCAGUUGAGAGGGCAGGCAGUAAAAGAUGACGAAUCUCCACGUUCUCAGGACAGUCGAGAACCUGAGGCAGCAACGCAUUCUGUGGAUUAUGGUUUUAUCUGCUCCCUUAUUCUUUUGGUCAGUGGGAUAGUGCUUGUGGCAGUGGCUUACACAGUCCCCAGAGAGGUGAGAGUGAGCCCGGACUCUGUGAGUGCACGAGAAAUGGAAAGGUUGGAGCUGUACUACGCACGUCUUGGGUCACACCUAGACAAGUGUAUUAUUGCUGGGUUGGGACUGCUAACACUUGGUGGUACACUCCUUUCCAUGCUACUCAUGGUUUCAAUAUGUAACGGGGAGCUAUACCGCAGAAGGAAAUUCACCUCAGCCAGAGGACCUAGGACAAAAUAUGGCUCUCUCAACCUGCGAAUGAGACAAUUGACUACAGACGGGGGUCAGGUUCUGGUGGAAUCAGAGAUCCUGGAGAUGACAGUGGAUGUCACUCAAAAUCAACUUGAGCCUUAAAAUACAAUGUGCAAAGUAGAUGGUGGGAACCGCACUUAAUCCUA